AUGUGGAAUUCUGUCUCUUGCAACGUUGUUUACAAAAGAUACCUGAAGGAAAAACAAGAUGAAAAUUUAAGGAAAAAUAUAAUCCACGCAAAACCUAUGAUAGACACAAAGCCGCCAAAAUCUUUUACACACUCUAUAAACUUUUCAAAGAAGCAUAAGAUUACAGGUAAUUCUCAAAUAGAAAAACAAGAAAAAAUUCACAUGGAGAACCAAGUCUUGCUAAAGAAAAUGCUCACUAUUGACUCAAAGCCUUCUGCUUUAAAUUCACAAGAAAUCGCUCAAGCCGUCAGAUUCCAAGGAACACUUAAUCUUCCUCUCAGAAACAGAAUAUUAAGCGAAAUUAAAUCAGAAAAUACACGAUUAUUUAAACGGAUCCGAAAUGCGCAGUCACAAUAUUCAAUUGUUAAAUGGGAAGAGUCAAAUGCUUAUUUAAAUUAUAUAAAAAGCAAUAUCAGAAGAAAUUCUGGGAGAAUUGAUAAAAAGUACUUUGAGCAGCAAUAUGAAGAAGACAGCGAAUUUUAUACAAAUAAAGUGCUAAGACCGCUUACAUCACUACACAAAAAAAAAUGAAUCGAAAUCCAGCGUCCCAGUACAAAAGCAAAAUCUGAUGUUUAA